AUGUUGAAGAUAUUUGUGAAUAACAAUGCUGCUGUUUUAUUUCUUGUUGUAAUUACAACAAUCGACGCUUCACGUAUACUUUAUCUACCGCUUCCGAAAAUACGUUCGUCACAUCAUGAAUUAAAACCAUCGUCAUUAAUCCUACGAGGAUUAGCAAAAAAACCAAUCACCAAUGAAUUUAUACCAUUCUCAGCAUUGGAGCGAAAUAUGUACGAGGAACAAGAUGAAAAUGAUGAAAAACGAGAUGUUUUGGAUUGGGAAGAAUUGGUGGACGUUGAAUUAGCAAAACAUCUUCUUUCCGCAGAUAAUAAUGAAUUGGAUUAUUUACUAUCGUUGGAUCGGGCAACACGGAAACCGAGUAAAUUAACAAGAAAUCAUGAUAGUCUAGAUUCAGCAAGUGACAAUCUUUCUCGACGUGAUCAAAAGCAAGACGCCAGUGAACCAUGGGCAAGCGAUACUUCUAUUAGUCGAACAGCACGUUUACAAUUGAAUGGUGCUGUAGAUAAUUUGGAACGAAGAAAACGACGCAAUGAUGUACUAUUUCUCGUUAUUGUUGGUACAAGUAGUUUAGUUGGUAUUGUGGGUCUUAUCGCAGCCGCUAUUUUCUGGUACAAAAUUCACAAAAGAGCCAAAGCAACACUCGAUGCUGAAUAUCCAUCAUAUGGUAUAACAGGCCCUACCUCUGGUGGCAAUAAGAUGUCACCAAGUUCAACUAUAUCUGAUCGAAAGCUAGCUCAAAGUGCACAAAUGUUUCAUUAUCAACAACAACGACAACAAAUGAUGGCCCAAGAAAAGAAUGAAUUGGAUGCAGAACCUGUUCACUCAGAUGAUUCUGAUGAUGAAGCACCUGGUGGUGGAGAUUAUACGGUCUAUGAAUGCCCUGGCCUUGCUCCCACUGGUGAAAUGGAAGUACGUAAUCCCCUUUUUGACGAACCAGAUUCAUCGUUAACAUCAUCUGCAUCCGCUUCUCACCCAACAACUAAUAACCAUUACCCUCAACCUAUCGCAACAGCAUCAUCAUCGUCAUCACCACCCCAAGAGAAAUCACUAUCAUAA